AUAAAUUCUACAACGCAGAGAGCUACAAACUCACAUCCAUCUAUGAUCUAUCUAGCUUAGCCCUCCAUCAAACAUCAUCUCUACUCUAGAUCACUUGAAAAGGAAAAAAAAAGAAACAUGGGCCGGUCCCCAUGCUGUGAUAAGGAAGGCUUGAAGAAAGGGCCAUGGACUCCCGAAGAAGAUCAGAAGCUUCUCGCAUAUGUCCAAGAACACGGCCAUGGCAGCUGGCGCGCUCUCCCUCCAAAAGCCGGGCUGCAGAGGUGUGGGAAGAGCUGCAGAUUGCGGUGGACGAACUAUUUGAGGCCUGAUAUUAAGAGGGGCAAGUUCAGUUUACAAGAAGAGCAGACCAUCAUUCAGCUUCACGCCCUCCUAGGAAACAGGUGGUCUGCAAUAGCGAGCCACUUGCCUAAAAGGACCGACAACGAAAUCAAGAACUACUGGAACACUCAUUUGAAGAAAAGGCUAGUGAAAAUGGGGCUCGACCCGACCACGCAUAAGCCCAAGAACCACGCCCUCGGCUGCAGCCAGCCGAAGCAGAUAGCCAACCUCAGCCACAUGGCUCAGUGGGAGAGCGCUCGCCUUGAAGCCGAGGCACGGAUCGUGCGCGAGUCAAAACAGCUCGCCACCUCUCAAUUGAUGAACUCCGCCUCUGCCUCUGGCCUUGUGUCGUCGCGGCCGCCUUGCCUCGACAUACUCAAAGUGUGGCAAGGCACGUGGACGAGGAGUUCGAGGAAGGACGUGGCGGGGGCGAGCCUCUUCGCCAACCUCGAGUCCCCCACGUCGAUACUCAACUUCUCCGACAACAUGAACGCCGUGGGAUUGAUCGGGUAUCAAGAGGAUCAGAACAAGGACAUAAUGGGGAAUUCGGUUGAGCUGCAUGAUCAUCAUAUCACAGACCCUAAUUGCUCCACUUCUUACACCGUGCCUGAUUCGAUGAGGUUUCCGGGCUUCUUGGAUGGCUUUGGACACGACGACAACGUUGUGUUCGACGAUAAUAAGGAUUCGUGGUCCAUUGAUCUGGAUUGAUCAAAAAUGAGGGGUUGGAUGAUCAAAAUUGAUGGUGGUGCGUGAUUGACCUUCAUCUUUAGAGUAUGUGUUGCUUGGGUUGGGUUGCAGUGCCUCCAUUUUUCGUCUUUGUUUGAUCUUGGUUGUUCUCUGCUUUCUUAAUUUAGGUAUAGAAUUAGUUGUCUAUCUUGAUUCUUAUAGGUGUUGCGCUUGCUGGCUACUAGUUGAAAACGCCUUUUUUUCACUCACGUUUUAGCUUGAUUUUUUUC